GGCGGUUUGUGUUUCUGCACGAGCACAAUUGAGUGUGGCAAAGAAAGGGAAAAGUUUUUUUAAAUUUAGAAAAGUUUGCUGUGUUGCUUAAAUAACCUUCUAGUUUGCUGUAAGCCUUAACCUUUGACCUUUAGACGCCGUUAAACUCCCGACUCUGACGUCUCCGGGUUACGAAGCUUUAGCGGGCAGAGAUAACGGUUCUCUCCGCUAAGCUAGCCUCGCUAACAACAUUCGGAUUCUGGCACCGGGCCGGUUCCGAGUCCAGGGUUCCGUCGUUCCGAGCCGGUUAAUUUGGUUUCGGGAGGAGAAAUGUCCGAGUUAAGCGACGAGGCCAGCGAGUCGGACCAGUUGGGGGCCAGCCUGUCCCUCUGGCUGGGAGACUCCCUGCUGCGCCCGGAGGAGCUGGACGUCCCGCUGGACCUGCACACCGCCUGCUCCAUCGGCCAGUACGACGCGGUGGCGGAGAGCAUCAAGCGGGAUGAGGACCUGGACCGGAAGAACCGGGGCGGAUGGACGCCGCUCAUGUACGCCGCCUACAUCGGCCACGACAACAUCGCCAACCUGCUGCUGGAGGCCGGAGUGAACAUGAACGCCUCCACGCCGAAAGGCCUCACGCCUCUGAUGCUGGCAGCGAGCUGCGGGAAUGAAAGCAUAGCCUACUUCCUGCUGCAGCAGGGGGCGGAGCUGGAGCUGAGGGACGCCAGAGGUUGGACGGCUCUGUUUCACUGCACCAGCACCGGCCACCAGCAGAUGGUCAAGUUCCUGCUGGACAACAACGCCGACGCCAACGUCAGGGAGCCGGGGUCAGAGUUCACUCCUCUGAUGGAGGCUGCUGCGUCUGGACAUGAAAUCAUUGUUCAAUACCUGCUAGAUCACAAAGUAAAAGUGGGCGAUCAAAACGCCAAAGGAGAGACGGCGCGCGCCCUCGCCAUGAUGUACGGCUACACCAAGAUUGUUGGCCUCAUCGACUCUCGAUCUCCAAGAAUUAAACCAGGACACUUUGGAGACCUGAGCUCCUCGGAGGACUCGGACGGCUCGCCGCCCAGGACUCGGUCCGGCCGCAGCCGGGUCAAAGGCGCCAGCAUCCACGACGGGCCGCAGGCCAUCGCCAAGUUCAGAGUGGGAGGGAAGAGCAAACCGAGCGAACCGCCCGCUGCGCUGCCCGGCUUCGCGCCGUAUGGCGAGCAGAGCGAGAGCAUCUGCUACCGGGACGUGACGUCACCGAUCAACGAGCUGGACGGUCAGAGCCACAGCAGCAGAGACGAAAGUCCGUUCUUCGAGAGCGACAUGCCCACCAUGAGGAGCAGCAGCAGCAGCAGCGACGGCCUGCCUCACGCGGUCGGACUCAGCUGGGAAGGAUCCGUGGAGAGCAACGAGCCGCUGAAGCUCAUGUUCGUCCACCAGGACUCGGAUCAGAACCGCAGGAGCAGCUCCCGCCGGACGAAUAAGAGUCACUCCAAAGGAAAGACGCGGCACGCCAACAGCGACGCGGUUCUGUCCGGCGGGACGGGAAACGGCAGCAAACACGGCGGGCCGCGGCCAUCUUACUCCGGUCCGAAGGAUCUGGCAGAAUUCCUGGAGCAAAUCGGCUUCUCCAAAUAUCUGCCGCUGCUGGAAGAGCAGGACAUCGACCUGCGGAUAUUUCUCACGCUGACAGAGAACGAUCUGAAGGAAAUCGGGAUUACGCUGUUUGGUCCCAAACGGAAGAUGACGUCAGCCAUCGCGCGGUGGCACAGCAGCGCGCCGCCGCUCACCGACGCCCUGGAGCAAGCGUACGCCGACCAGCUGGAGGCAGAGAUGCAGGAAAUGGCCAUUCAGCUCCACAAGCGAUGUGAGGAAAUCGAGGGCCUGGAGAGCCAGGUGUCCCAGGAGAAGGAGCUCCGGACGGUGAUGGAGGGCUGCCUGAUGGAGGACAAAAUGGCCUGGAAGAAGGUCCACUCCGAGCUGGUGGAGAACCACCGGCUGGCUCAGGACAUGAGCAACACGCUGACCAAGGCCCGGGCCUGCCGGGCCGAGCUGCUGGCCUGUUUCACGCCCGACCGGAGCAGCGGUUCUGACCCGGCAGAGGAGCUGCGAUGGUCCAAUAUGGCGGAGCUCGUGAAGCAGCUGGAGUCCUUUCAGGACAAAAUGGCAGGGACCGUGGAAACCCUGCAGCAGAGCCUGCGGCGGCUCAGCGCCCCGGAGAAGGUCUCCGACAGCUGGGAGCGUCCCUGAACCUGCUCCAAGCGGUUACUGUGAAUAUUUGACGGAGGGUGAGCCAACCACCCCGAACCGCCGCUGGAAGAGUCGCAGCGCCGCAGCGAGUCGAGCAGCCCCAGCUGCCUCUGAUUGGCUACCUGUCGUCCGCCUCUGAUUGGCUAAAGGACCUGCGCUUGCCCAGUUGAUGGCGGGAGAAACGACAGGGAAACGACAAGCAGGCAGGAAGAGGUCAUGACCCUCACCGCUUGUGCUGGUGUGUUGCACUCCGCGUGCAAAGAGAAGAAGAAAUGAUGGAAAAUUAAAUGUAAUCUGUUUGUCUUAGUUUUAGUGAAAGUCCUGCUGAUUUUGAAUGAAAUUACUUGUUUUCUUAUAUCUGAAAUGUGUUGCCAGUGGCGCCCUCUUGUGGUUAACAUUAACUGUUUUCAUGGCAAAAGUAAAUUUCACAAAUUUUGAGUUUAAUCUCAGAAAUAGAUUUUUUUCUUGUAAAUGUACUUUUUUUGUUGUAUGACGGCCCAUAUCAUCACUAACGCCAGAAUAUAGACGCCUUAUUACUUAGUAUUGCAAAUUUUACCAAGCAUUUUUGUCUGGUUUUUAGUGCAGAUAUCUUAUUACACUUGAAAUAUGACAAAACAAGUAAAAUUUCAGUAAAAUAUGAGCUUGUUUUAUAUCAAUUCCUAAAUAUUGAUUUUAGAUCCACUGGCAGAUUAUUUAAAUUAUAAACAAGAUUCAAUAAGUCUUAAGAUUAUUAGUGAAAUCUGCCUUUUGUUUCACUGUUUAAAACAAGCUGUUAUCAUGUAGUUAAAAAUUUACUUAGGUUAGUUUUGUCUUAUUUCAUUUGUAAAAAUAUAGUUGCACAAUAAACCAAAUCAAAAAAACUUGGUAAAAUUUUGUGAUUUUGCAUUAAAUGACAGUAGAGUGAAAAUAAUACCAGAAUAAAGUAAAACACUAUUUGUUCACAUUAAAUCUUUAACUCCAGAAGCUUUUUUUCUGGUUAAAAUUGAAUCUUUAUUUUGCUAAUAUUUUUAUUCUCAUAAUAAAUUCUCGUAAAUUGGCCUCAAUACCCCAAACUCACAGGAUAAAAAUAUUUUCUGUAAUUUGUUUUUGAUUUUAGAAAAAAAAAAUUUAAGUUCAGAAAUUAUUCAAAUUGGAUUUGAUAUAAAAAAAAAAUCUAAAUUAGUUUUUUUUGUUGUUGUUG